AUGCAAAAGAAGUCAGUAUUAACAUUAGCAAAAGAGAAACCUAAGAUUUUAAAGCCAAGUUUUUCACCACGUGCACCUUCUGCUACUUCAAAAUCCGGAAGUUCGCUUUCUAGCCGAUCAAAAGACCCUUUAAAGGAAUUAAGCAAUCUUAAACCACAAGAAAAGCCAUCGAAACUAUCAUUUCCACCUGCAAAGUUAAUUAGAUCAGUUAAAGAGAAUGAAGUUAAAGAUUUAAUUGUAUCAAAAUGUAAAAUUGCAAAACAGAACGUAGAUUUAUCAAGACAAGACUUAGCAGUAUAUGCAACAGGCAAAGAAGGUUAUUUAUUUGAUAUUUUAGAAACUUUACAAGAUAAAAAUUUCAAUUUACCACAGGAUCCAGAUGUUUACUCAGCAAUUAUAUCAUUGGUAGCAUUUCAUAUUUUCAGAACAGUUACAAUUCUUCCAGAUUUAUGGAAUUCAGUUCAUGAUGAUUAUUAUUUUGAAAUGGAUACAUUUUCUGACCCACAAUGGCCGCAUAGAGUUAUAAUAUACGAUACAGCAAUUGCUCUCUUUAAGAGAAGUGAUUUUAAUAUAGAAAAAUGCAAAUUACUUGCUACAGACUUAUUUAAACUAGUUGUUUACUUAAUGCGCACUCCAAACAAAGAAGAACAGCGUAAACUUACAGAAUUAUAUGUUUGUAUGAUACCAAAACUUGGAGAAUUUCGAAGUUUUGCAAUUAACGUUACAAACUCAGCUUUAGCACGUAUAGCCUUUAGUGAUGAAAAUUUCAUAGCUACUAAACCUCUUUUGCAAGUCAUGCGUUCACAUGCUGAAGGAUUUCAUACUCCUUUGAAAAAAGUUCACCAAAUUUUUUAUCUCGAUGUUAUUUUGCCACUCCAUAAGCACAAACAUUCUCACUACUUCUGGCAGGACUUAGUUUCAACAGUUACGGCCUUUCUUGAUAAAGAACCAAAUUUGGUAUUUCCUACUUACGAAUUUAUCGUCAAUGUGUGGCCAAGAAUGUGCACAACAAAGCAAUUAGACUUUAUUGAUGAGAUUGGUAUCCUCGCUUCUUUCGUUCCUGAUGAAGAAACUUCAAAAGUAACAAAAAUUUUACUUCCUCAAUAUUGUCGCACAAUUGUUGGUGUAAAUGCAUGGUCAUCUAAACGAGCAUUAGCUUUAUUUGAUAUUAAUGACUUUGUAUGGCUCAUGACUGAAGUUCCUGGAGAUGUUUACCCAUCAUUGAUCCCUUCGCUCUACGAAUGCGCGAAAAUACAUUGGGAUGGCGAUGCAAGGAACUUGGCAUUGGCUUGUUUGAAUGUUUUGAGAGAUAAUAAUCGGAAGAUAUUUAAUGUUGUUGGAAAAGCUAUGAAAAUGCUGGAAAAUCAAAGAAUAGUGACAGACAUUAAGCGUGCAAUGAAAUGGAAAGAGUUAAUUGACAAUUUCGAAACAUCAAAACGAAAUAAGCUUCGAAAAUAUGAGAUUUUAUCAUAUAUUUUCGAUGGAUGCGAAAGUUUAGCCCCAGAAGUUACAAAGAAGAAGAAAAAUAAGAAAAAAGCUGACGAAAAAUAA